AUGUACCACUAUCCCAGCCCCCCGUCCGGGUGGUCUGCGUACGACGGCUACACCCCCCCGUCGCCUCACUACUCCUCCUACUACGGGCCCCCGCCGCCCUCAGCUUCGGCCUCUGCCUCUGCUCAGGCUGCCCAGGCUGCCGCCGCCGCCGCCGCUGCUGCCUUCGCGACCGGCUCCCCCCAUGCCACCCCCCGGUCGAAGAAACACGCCUACCGGGCCAGCUUCUCAGCCGGAUACAGCCAGCAGACGCCGCAGCAGAACUACCAGUACUCGUGGCAGCCCCCUUACGACCGGCCGGAGUACUUUUCCACUCCUCGCAAACAGCACUCGCAGCCACACCACGAUCAUGUAAGUCCCGAUUAUUAUUACUAUCACAGUCCUCAUGGCUACGGGAAACAGACCCAGCACUCUCCAAACCACCACCAGAGAUCAAAACAUAGACGGAAGAUGUCCGUCCCGGACAACGUGUCCGAUGACGGCUCCAUACCCGGUCUAGAUGAGUACGACGGUUACUACUACCAGCAGCCUCGCAGACGGCCUUCUGCUACCACCUACUACACUCGCAGACGCGCCUCGACUAACCACUACCACUAUCCCCAGACAAGCUCUGCCGCUGCCGCUGCUGCUGCUGCCUACGACGACCCCCUAGACACCCCCAAACGCUCUCGCGCUCGUCGUGCUUCCACCUUCACCCGCCCAACUCACUCUUCUGUCCACGACCCUUACUCCCAGAGCCACAGCGCCUCCAAGCCCAAACCUUCUGCCUACCACUCGGCCUCCCACAGCCAUCACGCCCAGCCUGCCCCGCCAAAGUCGCCCCCGCGGGCCACCGAGGCAGACGCCAUCCACCACAACAUCCCGCCAGGCUACAGCAUCAAGAACUGGAAUCCCAAGGAGGCCCCCAUCCUGCUGCUCGGCUCGGUCUUUGACGCAAACUCCCUGGGCAAAUGGAUCUACGACUGGACUGCCUUCCACCACGGCGCCACCGCCCCCAUGGCCGACGUCGCCGGUGAUCUCUGGCUGCUCCUCAUCAAGCUCGCGGGGAAGGUCAAGCGUGCCGACGAGUGUGCCCCGCUCAUCCGAUCCACCGAGGCCCGCGAGAUGGUCGAAGACUUCCUCGAGUCUGGCGAGCGGCUCUGGGCUCGCUUCAAACGACUGCUCAAGGCCUGCGAGCACUUCAUGUGGAAGGCCGCUAAGCGUGAACACGCCGCUCGUGGAGGCUCUCCUGCCACCAUCACCAUGGGCCGUAAUGCCGGAUGCGAGUUUGUGGAUUCCAUCUUUGGUCGCGACAGAGAGCUCGAGAACACCGAGAAGCUCAUGAACAGCGUCAGACUCUGGAACAUGCGCUUCGACGCCAACUGUGGUGAACUCCUGCGAGAGGUCUCAAAGUAA